AUGUAUUCAAUUUUUAAAUUAAAUUUAAUCAUCAUCGUCAUUUGUGUUGAGCGGUUCUGUAAUCUCUCUCAUAUUCUCCAUCUAUCAAAGGUAAAUAACAUGGCCAGUCCGUUGCCCAAUGAGUCAAUUUCUCGAGUGAAGGAUAUGAUAAAUCUUCCAAAGGAGGAAUUGGUUGCAAAGCUUCAGAGUGAGCCGUUGUCGUUUUUCAAGAAUCUCAAAGAACUUCCUGAUGAAUAUGCUACAGUUGUCUAUGAGGCUUUUGCUAUGCAUUGGGAUAGAAUCGACAAAAAGAUUGCGCAUGCGCAAUCUGUAAUGGAUUCUCUCACUCCUCGUUGCAAGGGCAGAGAAGCCUAUGACUAUAUUGAACCGCUCGUUGAUUUGGUUAACAAAACAACUGAUAGAAAAAUUCUUUUUGGACAUCGACUUGUGAUUGAAGCUACACUUAUUGCGGAAAUCGACAAUGUUUUGGAUAUUGCUUUGAAAAUUAGCGAGAAUUUGGAUCCGAAUAAUGUUAGCGAGGAUGAGGGAGACAAUAAAAUUGGGAGUUUGCGUGCUGAUUCGUUGUACUUGAGCGAUGUUUUCUUCGAUGUUAGCGAGAAGUAUCUCAAGUCGUAUUUGGGGUUGCCUUGGUAA